AACUAGAAAUUUAAUGUUUUUUAGAAUUAGUGUCUGCGCAAGAAUUUUUUAAUCCGGCUCUAUCUCUUAGUUUCUCAUCCAAAAAUGUUUUUCUUGUGCAGGAGUGUAGCACAGAGUCGACUCUUCAAAAUGGAGUCCUCUCUAGCCCUUGAUGAGAUUUCUUUCAAAAGACACAGGUAAUUCAUCCCAAGGUAUAAGCGAAAAAUCUGAUGACACAAUAGAUGAUGGUUCACGCUUUUCGAAAGAAAAAUGUUUCGUCAUUUUUCAACAAUUUCAAGUUUUCGGUAGAAUAAAAAAUGAUAUAUAGUAUGGCACGGUUAAAAGACAGAACACAUAGUUAGGUCACGAAAAAAUGAUAAAAAAUGUCAGCACCAUGCGUUGUGUCAUCAGAUUUUUCUCUUAUAUCUUGGAAUAAAUUGUCGUUAUCUUUUGAAAGAAAUCUGAUCAAUGACUGGAGCGGACUCCGUUAUGAAGAGUCGACUCUCUUCUACAAUCCUACAUAAGAAAAGGUUUUUGGAUGAGAGACAGAACCAGAUUAAGAAAAUCCUGUGCGUACAGUAAUUUCAAAAAACUUGCCAUUUUAUUUCUAAAAUGAGUGUGUGCUCUUUCUGGUGGUGUGUUCAAAACGGUUUUUAGACGUUCUCACGCACGCGAUAUUUUCAUUUUUCUUCAAAAAAAAUCAGAUGUCUGAGAGUUAGAGUCGAAUUUUCGUGGCCGAGACUACACGCUUUGAAGAGAUUUUUAUUUCUAGAAUGUUGCUAAGGAAUCCGGCUAUCGAACGCUAUCACGCUUUGGGAUAUGUGUAUUUGGAUAGGUUUAUUGUCCUGUGAGACUGUCAAUAGCAAAAAGGAUAUUGACUCCCAAAAUACACAUACAUAUAGUGUAUUGGUUUUGUUUGGCAGUUGUGCAGUUUAAUCAUGCAGUCUACGUAAUCUCAUGCAGGCACACAUCGUGAGAGUGUACAUGGUUCGCCUUACUGCCUGUCUUCGCAUUCUCAAUAGCCAUUUCGAAAAUAUUUUCGGCAGCCUUAUGCUAGAUUUUGUUUUCAUUUUACAGGUCAAAUUCUGCAGAUAUGACCACGCAACAGUCACGUCAACUCACAACGCCUCCUUUAAAGAAAGUGAACCGGAAACAAAUUCCGACAAAUUCCCAUUUAGAUUCUUAUGCAUUAGUGUUUUUAACUAAAUAUAGUCAUGAACGAUCACCAACAAUGGACAAAUUCAUGUUUAAAUAUGAAGACGUAGAACAACAAAAUGUUUAUAGUCAAAGACUUGUUAAAACAGUGAACAGUAUGAACACAAUUUUAUUCCGAUGGUUAGACUGUAAAAAUAUUUUUGAUGAUACAACAGAAUUAUUACCAAUAUCACUAUUAUUUGAUAGUGUUCAAGGUACUUCUAAUAGUCAUAGAGAGACUUUUUUUUCUGAAAAUGUUUUACCUCUUCAUUUUUCUACUGUAGUAUCAAAAUCAGUCAAAACAAUCACAUUCGAUGAUAUAGAAAAUGCCAGAGACAAAGAUGGUGAUUUUGUACCAAAUAGAUACAAAGGUUUCAAUUGGAAAAAUGUUAGAUAUGUUGAUGAAAAUUGGGCAAAACAAACUAAAAAGACUGCUGGAUUUGCAAAUGCAUACACUUAUGGUCAAAUUAUUGCAUAUAAUGCACGUGGCGAAUCGAUUUCAAUUAGUGUAAAUUAUGAUUAUUAUCAAACAUUUACUUUGCAUUCGUUUAUAGCUAAUUCAAUUGAGUACGACGAUUUCCAAUUGAAUAUAACUGGUUAUUGUUCCAACGUUAAACUGUAUAAAAAGACCGUGACGUUGUCUAUAGAUUCACCACAGUUAUUUCAAAUGAAUUGGUCUAAUAUUGAUAAAAUCACCUUUAGACCUGUAUCGCGACAGAAAUUACCAUCUACUUAUGCAUAUUUUGCUUUACGCUGUCUUAACAUAUUGAACGAAAAUUGA